ACUGAAAUAUACGGACAACCAGCGUGUAAUAAUCCACGUGAAGGAUGUCAAUGACGAGCCUCCGUAUUUUAUCAAUCGUCCGCUACCAAUGCAGACGGUGGUGCAGCUAAACGCCGCACCGAAUACGCCCGUCUUUACCCUGCAAGCGAGAGAUCCCGAUACUGACCACAAUAUUCACUAUUUCAUCGUAAGAGACCGAACUGGGGGCAGAUUUGAAGUCGAUGAGCGAUCGGGUGUGGUUCGCACUAGGGGAACGGAUCCUUUCCAACUUGAUAUGGAAUACGUGUUGUAUGUCAAGGCAGAAGAUCAGAGCGGUCGUGUUGACGAGAGGCGAUUCCAAUCAACCCCUGAGGAACGUCUUAGCAUUGUAGGCGGUAAACGGGCCCCUCAGUUCUAUCUACCGAGUUAUGAAGCCGAGAUAGCGGAGAAUCAGAAGAAAGAUUCUGAUAUCAUUUCCGUGAAAGCGAAAUCGUUUGCCGAUCGUGAAAUUCGAUACACUCUGAAAGCACAAGGGCAAGGCGCGGGUACUUUUAACAUCGGUCCAACCUCUGGUAUUGUGAAAUUGGCGAAGGAAUUGGACUUUGAAGACUUGCGUCAACCACACGUGUACUCAUUGGUCGUUACUGCUACCGAAGAUUCGGGAGGAUUCUCUACAUCUGUCGAGUUAACAAUACGUGUCACGGAUGUGAAUGACAACGCGCCAAAGUUUGAACUACCCGACUACCAAGCCCAUAAUGUUGAUGAAGACAUCCCUCUCGGAACCAGCAUUCUCAAAGUCAAAGCAAUGGACGCGGAUUCUGGAAAGAACGCAGAGAUUGAAUAUUUAGUAUCAGAUGAUCACUUCAGCGUUGAUUCGAAUGGUAUAAUCACCAAUAACAAACAGUUGGAUGCCGAUAACAACAAUGCAUACUAUGAAUUUGUUGUUACUGCCAAGGACAAAGGCGAGCCAGCAAAAACGGGAACUGCCACGGUCAGAGUCUAUACCAAAAACAAAAACGACGAAGAACCAAAAUUUUCUCAGCAAGUAUAUACACCUAAUGUGGAUGAAAAUGCGGGCCCAAAUACUUUAGUUACUACAGUUGUUGCUUCUGACAAGGACGGAGAUAAUGUUCGCUUCGGUUUUGUUGGUGGCGGUACUAGUUCUGGACAAUUCGUAAUUGAGGAAAUAACGGGAGUCAUACGAUUGCACAAUAAAGCCAUAUCGUUGGAUAGGGAUAAAUACGAGUUAAAUGUAACAGCUAUGGACGAUGGAGCUUGUUGCGUUAAUGGGGAUGCAACUAUACACACAUCAACAGCCGUGGUGGUUGUAUUUAUAACAGAUGUUAAUGAUAAUAAGCCUAUCUUCAAAGAUUGUCCAACUUACUUUCCAAAAGUAGAAGAAGGCGCUCCAAAUGGCAGUCCAGUCAUAAAAGUACAUGCUACCGAUGAAGACAAGGGCGUAAAUGGUCAAGUGAAGUAUUCUAUAGUGCAACAGCCAAAUCAAAAAGGUACGAAGUUCACAGUUGAUGAAGAAACAGGAGAGGUAUCUACCAACAAGGUGUUUGAUCGAGAAGGGGACGACGGAAAGUUUGUUUCUGUCACGGUGAAGGCUACAGAUCAAGGAGAUCCUUCCCUAGAAGGUGUCUGCUCGUUUACCGUUGAAAUCACAGAUGUGAAUGACAAUCCACCACUAUUCGACCGACAAAAAUACGUGGAGAAUGUAAAACAGGAUGCCAGUAUAGGCACAAACAUUCUAAGAGUGUCAGCAUCUGAUGAAGAUGCUGAUAACAACGGAGCUAUCGUCUAUACUUUAAGCGCUCCCUAUAACCCAGCAGACAUAGAAUACUUUGAAAUCCAACCUGAAUCGGGAUGGAUUGUUUUAAAGAAACCUUUAGACCGGGACAGGUAUCGACUUCGCGUGCGCGCCUCCGACAGAGGCGACCCGCCCUCCUCCGCAGACGUGGACGUUGAAUUAGACGUGGUAGACAGGAACAAUAAACCUCCCAUCUGGGACGACAUGUCCACGUAUGGCCCCGUUCACAUCAAAGAGAAUGUCACAGUGGGUACCGUAGUGACCAGUGUGAAAGCCAGCGAGAGACAUACAAGUUGGAGGCUAUGGCUCAAGACAAGGGCUUCCCGCCCUUGUCCAGAACCGUGGAGGUCCAGAUAGACGUAGUGGAUCGCGCGAACAAUCCCCCCGUGUGGGACCACACAGUGUACGGCCCCAUCUACAUUCGAGAGAAUUUGCCCGUUGGUGCCAAAGUGGUGUCCGUUAAAGCAAGCUCUGGUAUUGAAAACAACCCAACCGUAUUCUACCGAUUGAUGCCCGGCUCGACGGCUCAGACGAACAAAUUUCAUACUUUCUACUUACAACAAAGAGCUGAUAAUGGAUUCACUUGGGCCGACAUUAAAGUGAAC